AUGAGCUCCGGAAUCUCUUCAUUCGGGUUCUCGUGUGAAUUGAAUGAUGAAACCGUGAAGAUUUAUACAAUUGAGCAUGGAAUCGUCGAAUUGAAAAAUACUGGAGAUUUGGAACUUGGCGUUUGGUACGAUAUAUGGGAAAAUAGUCUCGAAGCACGCGACGAAUACGAAAACAAAAGAUGCGAAGUGUGGGAGGAGGAUGGAGAAGUAUUUGCUAAAGUGUUGGCUAUUGGACCCAACAAUUUCUUUCUCCCGCCGAAAAUCCAUAAAAAAUAUAAGUAUGCGGUCUGGAAUCCUUUUCUCAAAUAUCUUGACGAUGGAGAUAAUCUCUUCAAAGAUAAAGUUAGAGGAGAUGAUGUUGUUGAGAUUGUUGUCAAGUAUGCUCCAUGGAAAAACGGCAACUUUAAAAUCAUAGAACUCAUCGAAGAGGCACCAUUCGAAGGCUCUUCAUACUGUCGGCUUACACCAUGGACCCUAGAAUUUAUGGGGCUAACCAUGAAAGAGGCUGCUUUCCCAAGACCCAAUAACCCGUGUGUCAAGAAGGAUAGAGUACCACCAUCAGAUGAUGUCCAAAUGGGACUUUGUAUCAAAGCGUCCUACAGAAACGUGGCGUUCCGUCAAGAAACUGGAGGAUCAACUGAAUAUUGUUCGUAUCUUUUCAAUCCGGUACUUGGACUCACUCGAUGGAUGCCAAAGGAGACGGCAAGUGUACAACAUGAAAACCCAGAAGCCAAUAAACUCUCACUAGGACAAGUAGAAGACGAUCCCUUAAAAGUCGAACAUAGAAUCGGAAAAUGGUACACAUAUUCAUUGAACGCAAAUAAGAAAGGAAGUCGAUAUUCUGCAGUUAAUAAAACUACUGCCAAGAAAGUGACUGAAUUCCAGAACCCACCCAAAGUCACACGUGUUGUGGAUGGAGAAGUUGAGAUCGAAGCAAGCUUCCUUUUCGACUACGAUAUGUUCGAAGCUCCUGAAAAUCGUCAGACCAAAGAUGGGCAACGUUUCCCAGGACUUAGUAAGGAUGCCCAUUUUUGGGAUCACAAUCUGGGAAGAGUGGAAAUUUACCCGAAUAUCUCGAUGGAAAUCAUUCAGGCCGUUGAAAAUCAUCGCGAAGGACUGGACCCAACCGAAUCGGAGUUGCUCAUGAAUGAAGCAAUCGUCGUCUCGGUCACCGCUGUGGUUCUCCGGAACUUUAUGAGAAACUUUGAGAACUAUCCAAAUAAUGGAAUCUUUGUUGCAAAGACACUCGACACAAUUUGUUACCUUAAUGGUGGAAAAAUCAUAUAUCAAAGAUAA